AUGGAUAUACAGGGCGCCUUUGACACGGUUCUGCGGAACCGGCUCCUCCUACGCCUACGGGAACAGGGCUGGCCAACAAACCUGGGCUCCCGGCCUCCCGAUUCUCUUCCUCCUCUAUACAGUGCCCAUCUACUCGAUAGGGAACCGAACUCGCGCUUCGGCUACGCAGAUGACGUGGCCACCCUGAUCCGGGGCCGGUCCCUACAGGAGACGGCCGCCCGGGCCACGCGCGCCGCGGGUGAGCUCAUCCAGUGGGGAGCCGAUAAUGGCGUAGUGUUCGACCCGGGCAAGACAGAAGUCAUCCACUUCACGAGACCGAGAUACAAAGGGGACCUGCCGUCGGUCUGGCACGGGUCCGUAGAAAGGAGCCACAGCAGGACCUGCGCUGGCUCGGCGUCUGUUCCGUCGCGGAUCACCUACCUGAAGAAUAGGAUCCAGCUGACCUUAAACGUCGCGAUGCGCGCCAUCGCGCCCGUCUGGUGUACCAUGCCCAUUGUGGCCCUCCACCGAGAGACCGGGAUCCCCCCUGCCACGCUGCUCCUCGCAGACGCUCAGAGACGCGCCGCGAAGCAGCACGCCUCGAGACUCCUGCGUCUUCACCAAAUGACGGCCCAUGCUCCGAGGCCCCGACUUCUCCCCCCAGCACCCCCUCAGCCCGACCCGACAGGGGGCGUAGACAAAACGCAGGCGGCGAGAGACUUCAACUCGUGGCUCCGGGUAUGCCCUGAAGAUACCCUCAUCGUCUACACUGACGGCUCGCAGAGCGAAGACGCGGUCGGGUCCUACUCGCUGAGGUCUACGACGCAGAGGUGGAAGGCGCCCUCGAGGGCUUCGAGCGGCACUCACGUGGUCCCCAGGACCCCGGACCAGCAGUGCCGGAUAGUCGUCUGCCUUGAUAACUCUGCGGCUAUAAGAGCCAUACGAGGCAGCCCAUCGAUCUCGUCGCAAGCGGCGGCGGAGAAGUUCGCUGAGGCCGCGGCUCGGCACGGAGACGUCAGGACGCGCUGGUGCCCCGGCCAUACGGGGAUCGCCGGCAACGAGCGGGCCGACCAGCUAGCAAGGAGGGCUGCCGGGCCUCGGCCCGACAGGCCGCCGACGUACGCGAACAUCAAGAGACAGGCCAAGGCUGCGGCCAGGCGCGACUUCCAGGACUGGUGGGCCGCGGGGCCCUGA